AUGCAAUUGUCGAAGCUCCCGUCCUUCCCGACUGCCCAUCUCAUGUAUGGUAUGCGGUACUCCGUACCUCAUGCCAUUGAAAUUCCCACCCCCCAUUUCCCUUCAUCGCCUUCGACCGACGACGACUUCCCAUCCCCCCUCUUCCCAACCUGCACACUGUCUGUUCCUGAGAAAAGCUCCUACCUGCCCACACCGAGCCUCUUUGAUCCCACAUCCAUUGUCAAUUCCGCUCCAUCUGGAUUCCACCUCUGCUCCUCUCUGUCACAGCUUGCUAGCUCUGAGCAUCAUUCUGAUCGAUUGCCGGAGCCUACUCCGCUGCUAUUCGCCUCAGCCAAUUUGGCCUCGAUCCUCAACACGGCUCCGAGCAUCACCAUCCCUCUCUUCUCUCCAACAACCUGGGAGAUCUCGUCCGGCUCUGCUUCCGUCGUCUCUUGCUUGGCAACCUCCGACCCAUCCCUGCCCUCCCGCCGACAUCUUCCUUGUGUGACCGCCACUGCGACGGCCCCAUCAAACUGCAAGCAUUACCAGCCCAGUGCCCACACCACCACCACCUGA